AAAUGUCUACCCCUCCCCUGUCAGGGCCUGGGAUGGGAGCGGCGGCCGGGCCGGGGGGUUUCCCGGGAGCACAAGCGGCUACCGCGGCCCGCGAAGUAAAUACCGCGUCCCUGUGCCGGAUCGGCCAGGAGACUGUGCAGGAUAUCGUAUUCCGGACUAUGGAGAUCUUCCAACUGCUCCGUAACAUGCAGCUGCCAAACGGAGUCACCUAUCACACAGUCACCUACCAGGAUAGACUGGGAAAGUUGCAAGAGCAUCUCCGCCAGCUUUCAAUCCUGUUCCGUAAACUGAGGCUGGUCUAUGACAAGUGCAAUGAAAACUGUGCCGGACUGGACCCUGUACCCAUAGAGCAGCUUGUACCGUAUGUGGAAGAAGAGUACUCAAAGCAUGAUGACCGCGGCAUUGCUAGCCAACUUCGCUUUGCAAGUGAGGAAAAGAGAGAAAUUCUGGAAGUUAAUAAGAAACUAAAGCAGAAGAAUCAGCAAUUGAAGCAGAUCAUGGAUCAGUUAAGGAAUCUUAUCUGGGACAUUAACUCAAUGCUGGCGAUGAGGAACUGACCUUCUUCCCUAGCUGCCCUUUGCACUCACCGUGCUGACCGAAACAUUUGUAAUUGUAUUUUUUUUAUUGUUUUUGUUAUUUGUAUUUGCAUUUUGUUAAAGAUGACUUUUUGCUUAAUAAAUAUUGUAUUUCGUACAAGAAA